UCUGCUAAAUGAUUAAAUGUAAAUGUAAAAUUUAUUUUGCAUCUAUAGCUGUUAAGGUAGCUUUUAAAGUAAAUCAUAAGCACAGUACAUGUAACACAUAACGUUUCAUGAAUUACAGCAGCCCCUCUCGAGAAUGAUAUUAAUUAGGGGCAGAUAAUUAUGGCAACAGCUGAAAUAGGUCAGAUCCCUUUCCACCCCAUCAACCUGCAUGUUUGACUGGAAUUCAGUAUAAUAUCUUCACGUCGACGUAGAUUAUGGUUUUGAACGCAUUUGCUGGUUCGGCACAAUGACCUUGAACACUCAUGGACGUUGUCCUGACAUUUUACCCUACCCGUCAGAUUUUAUUACCAGGGUUCACUGCGAAUGCGCAAAAUUGCGUCUUUUUUCUCAUGCUGAACAACAUUUAAUAUGUCUUCAUUACUGUUAAGGGUAGAUUUACGGUUGGUGUAGAUGUAGACUUCAAUAAAACACAAUCUAACAGGUAGAAAACAUUAUUUAUUGUUAGUUUCCUGUGGCUGUAUCUCUUCUUGUUGCAACCGCGUAUACAACACGUAAUUACUGCACUUGUAUUACUGUAAGGGUAGGUUUAUGGUUGUGGUAGGUGUAGACGUUAAUAAACCAUACAUUUACAGGUAGUAUUUUUUAUGUAGUCGAAUUGUACUUCCCACUGUCAGGGUAGGAAUAAUAGACAGAACACCGUCAUUAGCUCCAAUAGCAAUAUACCUUCCUUGAGCGACAGAUGGAUUCGGGGGAGGGGCUGAAUUAUUGACGCACACGAAGUUGUCCCGCCUCUUCGGUCAGAGUUGUUUCUCAUUGGUUCAUAAUAGCGUCACUCAACAUUUACGUAUCCUGCGUGUUAUUUUAAAUGUAAAUUUUAUGACGUAUACUGUCGCACACAUCGGUCACUGGUUAAACCGAGAGGCACGGUGCGUGUGGAAGCCCCGCCCUCCUGCAGCAAGAACGAGUAGGCGGGACUAUCAGAGGAGGAGUGAAGGUGAUUUGUCCAGUCCAUCCGUCAAGUUGAUGUUUUGACAGCUCAUUGGUUGCAGCUCUCCCCAUCGAUGCUGCGACUGAAGCGCUUUCGGUAAUAAUGUCGCCUAGUGACCUAGUAUUAAAUAAAGCGACGGUUAUGUAGCGGUGGAUUACAGCAUCGGCUUGGACAUUUUGAAUACUACCCGUACAUUCAGGAAGACUUGACAGCGUCGAAAAUCUACUAAAAAAGGAAAUAAUUCAUCCCGAUGCGAUUUUGUUUUUGUAUAAUUUUCCGGAUCAUGCUGGAACGCAUUGCUUAAAACCAUCGUUUACCUUGAGCAGCGCUGCAGUGCGAUCUCUGCCUUCUCUGUCCUGAAGGAUUUCAGGAGCACAUCGAUCUACAAAACCACACCGCAUUGACUUAUCACUGGUAUAUUCUCUUCUGUCGCGGUUUAGUGUAAAGGUUUGGUAGGACGGAAGUUAUUGGUUCGCAGAGGACUGAAUUACAGUUAAACUGGGAUGGACAAUGCCCAUACAAAGACGGUUGAGGAGGUCCUGGGACAUUUCGGUGUCAAUGAGACAACAGGACUGAGCUCUGAACAAUUAAGAAAGAGCAGAGAAAGAUGGGGUCCCAAUGAGUUACCUGCAGAAGAAGGUAAGUCACUAUGGGAACUUGUUCUGGAGCAGUUUGAGGAUCUGCUAGUUCGGAUUCUCCUCCUUGCUGCCUGUAUUUCCUUUACUCUGGCCUGGUUCGAGGAAGGUGAAGGAACCAUCACAGCUUUCGUAGAGCCAUUUGUCAUCCUCCUCAUUCUUAUUGCCAAUGCCAUUGUUGGAGUGUGGCAGGAGCGAAAUGCAGAAAAUGCCAUCGAAGCCCUAAAAGAAUAUGAGCCUGAAAUGGGGAAGGUCUACAGACAUGACCGGAAGAGUGUACAGAGGAUCAGAGCCAGGGAGAUUGUGCCCGGAGACAUUGUGGAGGUGGCUGUUGGUGAUAAAGUCCCAGCAGACAUCCGACUGACCUCCAUACGCUCCACUACUUUGAGAGUGGACCAGUCCAUCCUGACGGGGGAGUCUGUAUCCAUCAUAAAACACACAGACCCAGUGCCUGACCCUCGUGCCGUCAACCAGGAUAAGAAAAACAUGCUCUUUUCUGGAACGAACAUUGCAGCAGGUCGUGCGAUCGGUGUUGUGGUGGCCACAGGUGUGUACACCGAGAUCGGGAAGAUCAGAGAUGAGAUGGCAGCCACCGAUCCAGAGAGAACCCCUCUACAGCAGAAACUAGACCAGUUUGGAGAGCAGCUCUCUAAGGUGAUCACCGUGAUCUGUGUGGCGGUUUGGGGUAUUAACAUCGGUCACUUCAACGACCCAGUGCACGGAGGAAGCUGGCUGCGUGGAGCUGUGUACUAUUUUAAGAUCGCUGUGGCUCUGGCUGUAGCCGCCAUCCCUGAGGGUCUUCCUGCUGUCAUCACCACAUGCCUGGCGCUUGGCACACGCCGCAUGGCCCGCAAAAAUGCUAUAGUCCGUUCUCUCCCAUCUGUAGAGACACUUGGCUGUACCUCCGUCAUCUGCUCUGACAAAACAGGCACUCUGACCACCAACCAGAUGUCUGUCUGCAGGUUGUUUAUUGUGGACAGCGUCGCAAGUGAGAGAUGUUUACUGAACGAAUUUACAGUAACUGGAUCUACUUAUGCCCCUGAAGGAGAAGUGUAUAAGGAUGGUGUACCGAUACGCUGCAGUCAGUAUGAAGGGCUGGUGGAAAUGGCCUCGAUCUGUGCGCUGUGUAACGACUCUUCGCUGGAUUACAGUGAGAGUAAAGGUGUGUUUGAGAAAGUGGGAGAAGCAACUGAGACCGCUCUCUGUUGUCUGGUGGAGAAGAUGAACGUGUUUGACACAGACCUGAGAGGCCUCUCACCUGUUGAAAGAGCCACUGCCUGCUGUUCAGUUAUAAAGCAGUUAAUGAGGAAAGAGCUGACUCUGGAGUUUUCUCGAGACAGGAAGUCCAUGUCUGUUUUCUGCUCUCCAAACAAGCUCACUCGCUCUGCUUCAGGUGCCAAGAUGUUUGUCAAGGGGGCGCCAGAGAGUGUGCUGGAGCGCUGCAGAUGGAUACGGGUCCGAGGUGGUACACGAGUGCCUCUGACCUCUGACCUAAAGGAGCAGCUCUUAAGCACAGUAAGAGAGUGGGGCUCAGGACGUGACACACUGCGCUGCCUCUCCAUGGCAACCAGGGAUUCACCCCCUGACCCUCGAACCCUGAACUUAGAGAACUCUGCGGCCUUCACAGAUUAUGAGUCGGAUUUGACAUUCAUAGGUUGUGUGGGAAUGUUAGAUCCACCCAGGAAAGAAGUUCUGAGUGCAGUGCGCAUGUGCAGACAGGCUGGUAUACGGGUCAUUAUGAUCACAGGUGACAAUAAGGCCACUGCCCUGUCUAUCUGUCGUCGAGUGGGCAUCAUCACUGAGCAGGAGGAAGAGGAGGCUGAAGGUGGGCCGUUUGGCAGCGGCCUCACAGGACGGGAGUUUGAUGAGCUGCCUCCCCACCUGCAGCGCCAGGCCUGUCGCACCACCCGCUGUUUCGCCCGCGUCGAGCCAACGCACAAGAGCCGCAUUGUAGAAUAUUUGCAAAGCCUCAGUGAUAUCACAGCGAUGACGGGCGAUGGUGUGAAUGAUGCCCCUGCUUUGAAGAAGGCUGAGAUUGGCAUUGCUAUGGGCUCGGGCACGGCUGUGGCUAAAUCUGCUUCAGAGAUGAUUUUGGCAGACGAUAACUUUUCAACCAUCGUUGCCGCAGUGGAGGAGGGACGAGCGAUUUACAACAACAUGAAACAGUUCAUUCGUUACCUCAUUUCUUCUAACAUUGGAGAGGUAGUCUGUAUUUUUCUCACCGCUGCUUUGGGGAUGCCUGAGGCUCUGAUCCCAGUCCAGUUGCUGUGGGUCAAUCUAGUGACGGAUGGUUUCCCAGCUACUGCUCUUGGAUUCAACCCCCCAGACCUGGACAUCAUGUCCAGACCCCCACGUUCACCUAAAGAACCACUCAUUUCGGGAUGGCUCUUUUGCAGAUACCUCAUCAUUGGCUGUUAUGUAGGGGCAGCAACAGUUGGAGCUGCUGCCUGGUGGUUCAUGGCAGCUCAUGAUGGACCAAAGCUAACUUUCUACCAGCUGUCUCACUAUCUGCAGUGCAGUGAAGGUCAUGCUGAGUUUGCAGGAGUGCAGUGCUCAGUCUUCGAGUCUCCAUACCCCAUGACUAUGGCGCUGUCUGUGUUGGUCACUAUAGAGAUGUGCAAUGCUCUCAACAGUUUGUCAGAAAAUCAGUCUCUACUCAAAAUGCCACCGUGGUCAAACCCGUGGCUGGUGGGAGCCAUCUGUCUCUCCAUGACCCUACACUUCAUCAUCUUAUAUGUGGACCCUCUUCCAGUUAUAUUUCAGAUCCGGCCGUUGUCUUGGCCCCAGUGGGUCACUGUUCUCAAGCUGUCUCUGCCUGUUAUUUUGAUGGACGAAGCCCUGAAGUUCUUGGCCAGAAACUACAUCGAGCCUGGCAGCGAUCUGCUGCUGGAGGAGGAUGGAAAUGCAGCCAGAGGGGUGAUGGGGAAGCUGCAACGGGUGUUUAACGGUGUGUCCUGGUCAUUUGUGCUCAUCUCUGGCCCAUUGCUGGUCUGGAUCUUCAGCCUGGACUCAGACAUUACCAAUAUCUUCUGGGAUUAGAAAGGAGGAGUGUGUGUGAGUGUGAAAGUGUGUGUGUGUGAGAGUAUGUCUGAGUCAGAGAGAGAGAGAGGCAGACAGAAAAGUGGCUGACAUACAAAAGCAGUGUAGAACGAAUUUGAUGCUCCGUUUGAAGAAACAGAGCAGUAUGAAUGAAAUGUAGAGCAGGACCAGGACAAUCACAGAUAAAGGAAUGCUAGGGACAGAUAAAGGAAGGGAAAUUGAAUUCAGUCUUAUAAAAGGACAAGUUUUGUGCUCAUGACCAUCUUCUUCAGCUUAACUACGAGUUUUUCAAAGGCUAUGUGUGUAAUUUCUGUAUUACUAGCGACACCAAAUGCCUUAUAUUUGUUUAAGGACCAGAUGAGACGUUAACAACGUUGGCAUGAAUUUAGCAGGACUAUCAUUUUAACAGACCUAUGAAUGAGCGUGGGACCGCUUGGUACUGCUGUUGGCACAGAAAUGACACACUUCCCUUUUAGGCAUUGUCGCUGUAACACCCCAAAAGCAUUGCAAUUGUCUAUCACAUAUCCCUAAUUGCAUUCUUUUUUCACAUACAUGUCUUCGUUGUACUUAAGACAAAUUUUGUUGGGGCCUAAAACAUUUUAAUGAAAUGUUUAAGGAUGUUGUUUUUAAGCCAAAGCGAGUUCAAAAAGUAAAUGCACCAUGAAGAGAGUAAAAAAAAAAAUUAACCCCUUAAGGCAUAAUACCAAUUUCCAUUAUUUAGACGUUACUUCACUCAGUGCUUGGGAUAAAACGCACAUCUUAUUUUUUUUUUUUUUUUUUAUUUUUUAGCAGCAGCAGCAUUCAGUACUCUUGUUUUUUGAGGUUUUCUAUAAACUUUUUUUGCUUCGUUCCCAAAGCAAUUGUUUUUUCUUUUUUAAUCGAGUCACAAUGUCAGUCAUCUUUAUUUUGUCAUACCCGUCAUUUUAAUUUCCUCAAAUGCCCACAGUCUAUGUGACAGUACAAAAAAACAAAACAUUUCAGCGUCUUACCUGGAAUGCUUCCUUGUAAUUGUGUUACAUUUCUGAAAACGGUCACUCUCUUAUAUGCCUACUACUCCGCAAUGCUUCAAAUUGUAAAUUAUGAAAUACUAUUUACAUUCUUCAACCCUGUAGCUUGUGCUCUUUUAUUUGGGUAUGCCAGCGAUACUGUGCUUCAUUAGAGCUGGUCAUUCAAGUCACGAUGCAUGUGCUGUCACAUCUCUCAUUCCCUGUUUUGGGACCCCCAUGCUCGCGUUGAAUUAUUACUUUCGAAAUGAAAAUGGGAUUUUCUGAAAUAUUACCAAUGUGACUGUUUUAGUUUUAUUGCUGUGCCUGUAUGGUGAGGGAAGUUGUUUUACCUGCCUUUUCCCUUAUAAAAGGAUCCUCGUUUGACAAGGUCAAAUUAAUAUUUAUUAAAAUCGGGUGUCAGGUGUCCAUUCAUUAAAUUCUGAUCAUCAGAUGGAUGCUGAAACUGAACUUUUGGCAAUAGCAUCUGUACUUGAUCAGAGACCUAAAAAUGAUUUUUUGAGUUCCAGACAAUUAAUUGUUGCUAAGAACAGAGGAAAACAGGGAGCCUCUUAAGGUGAAUUCUUUAAGGUGUUAAGCUCCAGGGGAAAAAGGUAAAUAUUCAUGUCUGUAAUCUGUUUAUUUAAUGCCAUUGUUUUCCCCAUAGAUUUCUGAGUCUUAUUUCAUUGAUUGUUUUUUCAUUGGAAACCAUUCCACAGAAACAAGCUUUAUAAUAUAGUGAAAGCCCUGUUCUUUCUAUUUGUGUCUUUUUAGAUUCUAUUUAUUUCCUAUUUCUUGAAAAAAGAAUACAUUUUGAAUAUUUGUAGUAUUUUGUCAUUCACACAGUUGAUCGCUGUUUCAUUAACAGGGAAAUGGAAACCGCUUCAUGAAAUGGAAAAUAAACUCUUGAUUUGAAAGUCA